AUGGAACGAAAGCGUUCGAUAAGACGUCGUCAAAAACCACCAUUUGCUGAGCGAGCGAAGGAUCAUUGCAGAAAUUUCACGGCUUUUAUGUUCAGCAAUGUGGGAAUUAUAUUCCUCGUAGUUUUGUACAUGAUAGCAGGUGCGUUCAUGUUCAUCGCGAUAGAGGGCAAUGAAGCACUGGAAAGGUUUGCUCAAAUACCGUUUAAGCGGAACGAAACUGCUAUGAGACUGUGGCAAAUAUCUUGCUGUGAAGUGAAUGUGUUCAACAAAAGUGUCUUCGAGGAGAAAGUAGGAAAUGAAAUACGUGCUUAUCAAGAAAAAAUAGUACUCUGGGCACGGCGGGGCUGGCAGGGCAGCGACAUCACAUUGGAGAGUGAAAGCCCCUGGAGUUUUUCUGGAGCAUUUCUUUACUCGCUAACAGUUAUUACUACGAUAGGAUACGGUAAUAUCGUUCCUCGUACAGAGUGGGGGAAAAUAGCAACGAUAUUUUAUACAAUAAUCGGGAUGCCGUUGUUUCUACUCUACCUCUCUAACAUUGGUGAUAUUUUGGCUAAAUCAUUUAAGUGGAUAUAUGCAAAGUUUUGCCUAUGUCGUGUAUGUCCUGGAGUUGCCAGAAGAAGAGCAAUGCGAGCAAGACGAAGAGCUCGUACAGAAGAGCGAGACUACUCAUCGGAAAUGGGUGAUAAUGGAUUCGACACUAAUACCAUUACGACGUCCAAUGUUGAUGAAGAAAUUGAGGAAGAAAUCACUGCCGAGACGAAUACCGUCACUGUUCCAAUAACUAUUUGUAUUAUGAUAAUGAUAGGAUACAUAUUUUUUGGAGCACGUCUUUUCGCCGAUUGGGAAAACUGGGAUAUACUUGACGGCAGCUACUUCUGUUUCAUCUCCCUAAGCAGCAUAGGUUUUGGUGAUAUCGUUCCAGGCGCAUCGCUGCAAACGAAGGGAGAUACUAAAAUGGAAAUCAGUUUCAUCCUUUGUGCCGUCUACUUACUACUCGGUAUGGCGUUAAUUGCAAUGUGCUUUAAUUUAAUGCAGGAACAAGUCAUCUACAAAAUUCGAUCACUUAAAAAGUGUGUCAGAGGAUGCUUCCGUUGUGCUAAAGCGGUGCCAAUACCAGUCGACGAACCUGAAAGCUAG